AUGGAGGGAGAUGUUGAGAUGAAAACGGAGCCUCAAGCUUAGCCAGUAGUAGACCCCGCUGCUGCUGAGGAGUUGAAGAAUCAAGGAAACGAAUUCUUCAAGCAAGGCAAGUAUUUGGAGGCGAUCAACAGCUACUCUUAGGCUCUGGAGCAGCUACAUACAUCCAACUCAAGAAGUAUACUACAGUUAAAAUUAUAAUCACCGAAAUUUAGAUAUAAAGAAGCAUUGUUCGACUGCGAAUAAGCAAUAGUGCUGAACAGAUAAUUCUUGAAAGCCUACUAGAGAGCCUAUAAAUGCUACAUGACCCUAGGUGAUCUUGAGAAAGCUAGAGAAGUUUCAUUAAUUUCAAAGGACUUAGGAGAUGAUCAGGCUUUGAAGCAAGUUCAAUUGAUGAAUACUUUAAUUGAUAUGCAACACAAAGCAAGAUAGUAUAUGCAUGACAGAUAAUACUCAGAUGCACUUACUUAUUGUAGUCAGUUGGUCAACUACUGCCCAGACUGUGCGAAAUAUGUCGGAAUGAAGAUUCAAGCAUAUAUUGGAAUGAAUAAACUAGUAGAAGCCAUCGAGUUCUCCUCAAAAUUGCAGUCUUAAUUUAUAGAGAACCCAGAGUACUUAUUCUGGCGUGGUAAGCUUCUUAUCUACAACAGCAAUAUGGAUAUGGGUAAGAAGUAUGUCAGAGAGGCUCUAAAUAAAGACCCUGACAACGUUACAUAUUAAAAGGCAUGGAGGAAUCUAAGCAAGAUGGACAAGGUGAAGAAGGAGGGCGCAGACUUCUUUUCAUCAAUGGACUUCAAAGCAGCCAUUGAAAAGUUCACAGAGUGUCUCGAGCUAGACCCAUUGAAUAAUCAGUGGAACUCUUCUAUUCUGUUUAAUAGAUCUCUAGCAUACUUGAAACUGGCCAACAACAAAGAAGCUCUGGCUGAUCUCACCAAAGCCAUUGAAAUCAAUGAGGACUAUGCUAAGGCUUAUCUCAAGAGAGGUGAGUUGAAUUUAACGAUGCAAAAUUACGAAGAGGCAGUAAGAGACUUCGAGAGAGUUAAGUAAAUUGAUCCCAGCACUGCUGGCAUCUCCUAAAAGGUGUAGAAUGCCAAGCUUGAACUUAAAAAGUCUAAGCGUAAAGACUACUAUAAAUUAUUGGAAAUCGAAUAGACUGCCAAUGAAGAUGAAAUAAAGAAAGCCUACAGGAAGAAAGCUCUAAUGUGGCAUCCAGACAAACAUUAAAACGAUGAUGAGGAGGGAAAGAAGCACGCAGACAAAAUGUUCAAAGACAUAAGUGAGGGCUAUGAAAUUCUUUCAGAUGCUCGCAAGAGGAACCAAUACGAUUAGGGUGCUGAUUGUGACGAAAUAAAUCAAGGAGGCCAUGGUGGAGGUGGUUUCCAUUCUUAAGACCCAUCAGAAAUAUUCCAAAUGUUCUUCGGUGGAGGAGGCGGUGGUGGCGGAGGUCAUCAGCACUUUUUCACCAACAGAGGUGGUCGUUUUUGA